ACUGGUUCUCGAUGGCGAGCAGCCUGUCCUGACUUCUUCAUGCCCGCCCAGUGGCCCCCCGACUCCGCGCCCGGCCCAUGCAGAGGAAGAGACGCCUCGCCGAACGCCGUCAGCAGCCGGCCCGCUCCGGGGCCCGCCCGCGCGUAGAAGGCCACGAGCCAGUCCCGGGCGGCGCCGCCCGCCGCCGGGUAGCGGCCCUCGCAGAGGGGGGCGACGCGGCCGGGCGCCGCGAGGGAGGCGGACGGGCACGCGGGCCGCUGCUGCAGCUCUGCGCCUGCACUAGCCGCUCGAUGGCCUCCCAGUCGUGCCGCGGGUACUUUCGUUUCCGCAUUUGUUCCUCCGUGGGAUCCUUCUUCUCCGUCAUGUUGAGCUUGCCCCGCUGGACGAUGCGCAGCGAGGGCACUGCGUCGACCGAGUGGCGAGGGUGGCAGAAGCCCUUGUAGUUGACCCGCCAGAAGCAAUCCACGGCCCCCACUGCCACGCCGGGGUCGUCCUCGAGCUCCUUCGCGAGCUGAACGAAGCGGUCCUUCACGGCACUGCACUCUGGGCAGGCGUGGGACGUGAACAACACCAGCCACAGCUUCUCGUCUGGCAGGGCAAGAGGUCGCACCCAGACAGCCCCCCAGAUACUCCUGGCUGCCCUCCACCGACGCCCGCGCUCCAGGGUUGGGGUGGAGACGACCUCGGACCACCGGUUCUACCAUGGGCUUGUUUGAGCUACUGGUCCAGGGAGGCGGGGAAUGUCAGAGGAGGAGGGGGGGAUGGUCGGGGUCGCCUGUGGACGGAAUUGGCAGCAAAUGGAACCCACGCUCGGAACCUAUCCACAUCCGCCGAUUUGGAAACGCGCACCCGGAGACCUUCCCUUGCGGAGCGUUUUAUGAGGUUCUCC